AUGGAUAAACAAAUUGUGGCGAUCCCUCAUUUGUUCAAAGCUUUAAUGGCUGCGAUCCUUGGCCCCAAUACGGGGCUAUUUGAAACCAUGAUAGAUGAUAUAAUGUCUACUGGGAAUGAGUGGCGAUCACACGCGGAGAGGUUAUAUCUCCUUUGCUGCAACUACGAUAAUCACCAUGAUAGGUUGUGUGUUAAGCUGGAUCGUCUUCUCGAAUCGUCCCCUGACGUGGAGCUCCGGGCCAUGUAUGCACUUCCCCUUCAGAAGCAGUUCACUGAAGGUGACUGCUGCUUUAUUCAGAAAGAACUUAGUGCUGAUACGCAAUCAAAUAUUAAAUCAGUUCUUCUUUGUUGCAUCUUUAAAGAACGUAACAGGAAGAUGUUGAAGAUACUCUCUGAUACUGUGGCGGUAUUAGGUUCGACGAUACUUCUCGGUGGGGGAUGGCCGGACCAAUUGCCCUUUAUAUUCACUUUCCUCAACUCUCAUUCCAGUCAACGUCAGGAGUUUGCUCUUCUGAUAUUUUCCGACUUGUUCAAGUUCUUCCCGGAAACCCUCAACUUAAUGCUGUACAUGGUGGUAGCUCUUUUUCCCCACCAUACUACUGUAGACGAGAUAUUAAACAGGUUUUUUCUAGAUACCUCAAAAUCUUAUGAGAUAUGUUUAGCUGCGGUUGCCAUUCAUUGUAAUGUCUAUGCAUUUACGUAG